CUUAAUAAGCUUACUUCGAACUAAAGAAGAAGACACAGGCAUGACGGUGGGCAUGUGCGCCCUGUAUGCUUGCGCCUCUCAAACAAUGGCAGCGGUGCCCAGCAGCAGGAAUAGGAGUCUUGGAGCGCAGGUUACUUCCGGCCGGUCAGCAGUGCUAGUGCUGACGCUGGCAGCUGUCCUACUUGCUGUCGCCGGUUUGGGUGCCGUGGAAGGCGCCCCUCUACCGCCGAAACCUCCAAAGCCAUCACCUCGCCCGCCAUCGCCUCGGCCGCCAUCGCCUCGGCCGCCAUCACCUCGGCCGCCAUCACCGCGCCCGCCAUCACCGCGCCCGCCACCACCACGCUCGCCACCACCGCGCUCGCCACCGCCUCGCCUGUCUCCACCCCCUCCACGCCCAAACAAGGCACCCCGUCCGCCUCCCCCUACCCCGCCACCCGAAGGUGGCCUCCGAUUGGUUCGCGGGACAGCGGGAAAUGUUGGGCGGCUGGAGGUGCAACUGACCUAUCCCGACGAAUGGGUUGCUCUAUGUGAUGAUGGCACGUUCACUGCCUACGAGGCCGGGCUCUUUUGCAAGAUGUUGGGCUACUCUUAUGGCCGCCAGUUCUAUGCCCAAGGCAUCAGCACCUAUGGCCCCGAUGAAUCCGAUCCGCCCGAGCUCCGAGGGAACUUGGUGUGCACGGGUGAUAAUGAUUCCCGGCCGCCAUAUGCGUUCUUCUUGCAAAUGAUCAAUUUCAGUAGUCAGCAGGAGGUGUCUUGCGAGGUGUUCCACGUUGCCUGCCCCCGCAACAUGUUGGUAGCAAUGGAAUGUUCUGAGACGCCGUUUAAAUAUAAUGGGCCUCCACCGCCGCCAUCUCUCCCCAGUCCGCCACCGCCACCACCCCCACCGCCCAGCAUGCAAGAUUUCAUCCGCCUCAUCCGUCUUACGGGUUCAAACCCCUGGAUGCCCGAUGGGCUUGUCGUGCUUUUGGUCAACUCCUCUGCGGAUGGUCGCACCGGCGAGCCUGUAUGGGCGCCAUUGUGUGCUGAUGGUAUAGCUGGAGUGGAUAAGAUUGCUAACAUGCUGUGCAAGCAGAACGAUGGCUUCCGUGACUCACCCAUCCGUAUCAUUCUUGGAUCACCGAGGGAGGCAAUCGAGAUUACACAGCAGGCAUCUACAAUCAGCGAUUUUAACCCUUCCGAAUAUUCGCACUGGGUAACGGUGGUGGGCGGCAUCAGCAGCAGCGCCUACACAGUGUACGACACACAGUUGCAGGUGACAACCCAGCCCUGCUCCUCCGGCUACCUGUUCCACGUCAUCUGUUAUACGAUCAUGGCGUGAUUGGCCAAUGGUAUAAGGCAGGAAAUCUACACAAGAAACUUCACGAUUGUUGGAAUGUGACUCGAUCAUAUACCAAUCAAUGGAAGCAAAGGAAAUGCUGCUGCUGAAUCAUGAUAGAAUGUGAAUGGUGUUCAUGGAUAGACAUUUGGAUAUUUGGAGACCCUAGUCACCCUAGGUUGGUUACUAGUGAGCAUGGGCUGUUGUGGAAGUGAGUUCAAGUUACAAGUUCCACACAAAAGUGUGGGGAGGACGCAUCCAUAAUGAAAGGCUGGAGGGCCCAUGGGCUGCGGUCAUUACAUAACAUUACAAUAAUGCUGCAUACAGCAUAGUUUGGGGAUUGCAGAAUAAGUCGAAAUUCACUGCUUUAUAAUCAUCAAGUCUGC